GACUUGAAAUGCUCUGUUGGUGAUGUUAACCUGUGCGUGUGUUUUUGUCUUUUUCAGAGCGGAAGGAGAGGAUGAGUGAGUGUGGUAGCUCUGCUAUGUUCUCCUGUGGUUCCUUUAUCCUCUGAUUCAACCUCCAGUCAUCUGACAUCUGCCACAGGCCUUUGGAUGAAGUUAAAAUGGCCUCCCACAAGCAAAGCUUUCAAUGCUUUGACACCCUCACGGACGACCCGUCUCUCAAGCCCACUUUCCCUCAUGGCCACUGCUCCGCAACAUCCUUCAGAGGCUCCUCCGGCUCGACUAGACUGGAACCGCUGGAGGAUCGUGGAUGUUAUCUGUGUGCCGAUCAUCAGCAGGCCAAGACGAUGGCCUCAGAGGCCUCGGGAGCUUACUCCAACCCGUGGUAUCAUUUUCAGACGCAUCCGCACACUCAGCAGUGUACAAACACGAGGCCCAUUAGACCUGAGGAAGCUCCUGGACAGAGUGAAGAUCACCACCACCACCAUCACAGACACUCCAGGAAGAUUGUGCUUGUGAAGAACAGCGACCCGUCUGUGCGGAGGACCAUCGUGCUGCACCGCAGGAGCCUGCGCAGUCUGGCGCUCUUCUUGGACGAGGUCUCUGAACUCAUGCACUGUCUCAUCAGGAAGCUCUACACACUGCAAGGCCACAAGAUCGACAGUGUGCAAAGUCUCCUGCAGUGCCCGAGCAUUCUGGUUUGUGUCGGACGUGAGCCUUUUCACCCACUGCUGUUGGACAGCUUCAGGAAGAACUCUUACGACAAACUUCCGAAGCUGAACGUAAAGUCACGCUCUAGUGUCUGCAGUGAUGAAAAGGGGGCCAAGAAAAAUGUCAACUUUGGACUAGAAACCAAGAGAAGCGUCAUCCACCCAAGGUGCGAUUCAAGCAACAGAUCAGCAAGACUGUCCAUCUCAUCUGAAAAGUUGUUUCCAAAUGGACUUAACUCACUACCUCCAGGGCACAGAGGCGACUGUCCUCAUACAAGAGAAAACAUGAUGGAUGAUGACAUUGAAAAGCGAGUUCUGGUCAACCAAGAUGGAAGCCUGUCAAUGGAAAUGAAAGUGCGCUUUCGGCUAUUGCACAACGAGACAUUGCACUGGUCCACAGAAGUCAAGAAGUCAAAGAGCUCUUUUAAUGAUUCCCAUAUCGUACCUGAUGAUGCUUGUUCACUCUCUCAUGGCAGUGCAGAGAGCUGCUCAGAGGCCGACUCUCUUUCUGCUGGUGAAGCAGAGACUAAUAGCACCAAAUGUUACCAAAGGCAUUUCGAAGAACCACACUGCCAGCACUGCUGUGCUCAAUGUCAAGAGUACGACAUCUGGAAGAAUCCUGUACCUCCCAGUCAAAAAUCUGUAAGACGCAUCAGAUCCUCAAGCUCAAGUGCAUCCUCGCGGAGAAUAGUGUGCAAAAAGGCAUCUACUGACAGCAUGCGCACUAUGUCCAGUGAAGAGUACACAGAGCAUGUAGUGGAAAAGGCAACUUGCAUUCAACAGACCAUCGGGCAGCAGGGCGACACCACGAUUGAACAGUGUACCAUCAACCAUUGCUGCAGUCGAAGUGAAGUGCGCUCAGUGUCCCCUAAAACAAAGAGCACAAGUGCUAUAGAAGACAAGUGUGAGAACACUCAAGCAUCUGAUAAUGAUGAGAACAGGCCUUAUGUCAUAUCCUCUAACCUCCCUAAAGAUCAAUUAAGUGUUCAGAUCACUCAGCCAGAAGAGGAAGAUGAGAGGUCUGUAUCCGUCGUGAGCUGUUCUUCCCAAAUUUUAGCAUCACUGAAGGAGGAUCAAGAUGAUGAAGAUGUCGACCUCCCUCUGAGUAUCUCGAGAGCAUCCCGUGGCCAACAGGAAGAUGCUGAACCAAACCCAUGUUCUGUUACACCCUGUAAAUCUCCUGCAUCUCCAGUGCGUUUAUCACCAAGACCACCAAGCAAAGCUUCAUCUUCAAGACAGUCUAAAACGUCCAGAAAGUUUGCCAGUCCAGAAGUAGGCGAUGAAGAAGUCUCAAAGGACGUAGUGACUCCAGGGGCCUCUGAAUCAAAUGAUCAACUAGAAGACAUUGAUGUGCAAGAUACUGAAACAGAAGAAAGGGCACUAAGUGCAAUGUCAGCCAAAUCGAAAAUGUCUACAAAGUCUGAGUUAUCGGCCCCUUAUGAAAAUGAAAAUGCUCCAGAGAAUACUGAAGUAAAUGAUGAAAUAAUAGAGGAGCGAUCCUCAAGUGCUAUCUCCAUAAAAUCCAAUAUUUCUGGAAAAUCAAAUAAAACAAAUGUUUCAGAAGUACUCAAACAGCAUGGAAGAGCACAUAGUGCCAUGUCAACAAAGUCUCAUAGAUCUGACAAAUCAAGAAAAACUGAGAUCUCUGAGGAACAAAAUUCUGAAGUAAGAACAUCAAGUGCCAUGUCUGUUAAAUCAAAUACAUCUGUGAGAUCCAGACUGUCAGAAAAUUGUUUUGAAGAGCUUGCUAAUUCACAGGACAGUGUUGAGGAGAGGCCUGUAAGUGCUGUGUCAUCCAAAUCAAAUAUUUCAGCUAAAUCUAGUCAGUUUCAAGAGCCACAGUCUGCACCUGAUUGGGCAUCUGAGGAGAGAAUAGAAGAGAAAGCAUCAAGUGUUAAAUCUGGCACAUCAAACAAGUCUGGGAUUGAAGAGCUGACAAAUGAUAAUCAAACAGAGGAGAGAGUUCACAGCUCCAUUUCGAUGAAAUCAAAGAUUUCUGCUAGAUCUGAAAUGUCAAUUGAUCUGAGCGAGCUUGAGGAUCAUGAGCAAGACAGAGCUCCCAGUAGCAUUUCAAUUAUAUCAAAUGUCUCACAAAAAUCUAAGUCUGACAUUUCAGAAGUAGCUUCUCAUCAAGAAGGAGGGGAAUGUUUAAAUUCACUGAGUACUUCUGAAGCUGAAGCAGCUACUCAAGUGGAGUUACCAGGGGAGAGAUCGCCAAGCUCUGUGUCAUCAGUAUCAAAUAUCUCUAAAAGAUCCAGAACAUCCAAAAUUUCAGAGGCAGACCAAAGUGAAAUACAGGAAAAAGAGGAUGUUCAGGAAAGAGCAUCAAGCACUAUUUCUGUAAAGUCUACUUCAUCUGCAAGAGCGAGGAAAUCCAAGACAACACCAACACCAGGAUUAGGAGAAGAAAUGAAGGAACGAUCUCCUAGUGUUAUGUCAAUCAAAUCAAAUGCUUCAUUGAAAUCAAAUAAGUCCAAGUUGGAGGAGGAGGAGACAGAAAACAGAGCCUCCAGUGCUUUGUCUGUCAAAUCUGAAGUUUCCACAUUGUCAAAAAAAUCGAAUCUGUCAAACGGAGAGCAACUGGAGGAAAGAGCAUCAAGUGCAAUAUCAGUUAAAUCAAAUGUUUCUGUAAGAUCUAAAGGGUCCAAAAUGUCAGAAGUGGCAGGAGAUGAUGAUGGAUUAUCUGAAGAUUAUGCAGCAUCACAUUACUCUGAAACAUCAAAUGAAUGCAGAACAGAACCUGAAGAAACCUGCAAAAGCACAGAAAAAUCACCAGACAUAGAGGAAAGAGCACCAAGUGCAUUGUCUGCAAAAUCCAAUAGCUCUUCUAAAUCCAAGAAAUCCAAAGUAUCUGAUAUGGCAGCAGAUAUUGUGGCUGAAGAUAGAGAUGAUUUGAGAUCUGCAAGUGUGCUGUCCUCUAAAUCUAACAUAUCUGCAAGAUCUGUGAAAACAACGGCCUCAGAAAUAAGAGAUGGAUUGGAAGAAUCAAAUCAGUCUGAUGGAGUUGAAGUUGCAGAGGAACGGGCUCUGAGUGCCAUGUCAUCUAAAUCCAAUGCUUCUGAAAGAUUGAAAAAGUCUAAUAAUUUAAAUGUGCCAUCUGCUUUGCCUCGAGGAGCAGAACACCAAACAGAGGAACGAGCUCAGAGUUCGCUGUCAGCAAGAUCGAGCAUUUCAACGAAAUCCAAUAAGUCCAGAAUUUCAGAUGUUUUAACUGAUGAGCUUGUUGAUGCAAAAGACCAAGAAGAAGAGAGAGCUUCAAGUGCUUUGUCUGCAAAGUCAAACGUUUCUACAAAAUCAAAAAAGUCAAAUGCUUCUGCAACAGAUGUCAAUACUGAUAACGAGGAAAAAGGGGACCGAGUGCCAAGUGCUAUGUCGGGAAGAUCUGAUAUUUCUUCCAAAACCAGUGUCUCUUCAAAAUCCAAAGCAUCAAAAGUUGCAGAAAUACACGCAGAAGAGCCUGAUGCAAAAGACCAAGAAGAAGACAGAGCUUCAAGUGCUUUGUCUGCAAAGUCAAACGUUUCUGCAAAGUCAAAAAAGUCUAAUGCUUCUGCAACAGAUGUCAAUACUGAUAACGAGGAAAAAGGGGACAGAGUGCCAAGUGCUAUGUCAGGAAGAUCUGAUAUUUCUACCAAAACCAGUAUCUCUGCAAAAUCCAAAGCAUCAAAAGUUGCGGAAAUACACGCAGAAGAGCCUGAUGCAAAAGACCAAGAAGAAGAGAGAGCUUCAAGUGCUUUGUCUGCAAAGUCAAACAUUUCUGCAAAGUCAAAAAAGUCAAAUGCUGCUGCAACAGAUGUCAAUACUGAUAACGAGGAAAAAGGUGACCGAGUGCCAAGUGCUAUGUCGGGAAGAUCUGAUAUUUCUACCAAAACCAGUAUCUCUGCAAAAUCCAAAGCAUCAAAAGUUGCGGAAAUACACGCAGAAGAGCCUGAUGCAAAAGACCAAGAAGAAGAGAGAGCUUCAAGUGCUUUGUCUGCAAAGUCAAACAUUUCUGCAAAGUCAAAAAAGUCAAAUGCUGCUGCAACAGAUGUCAAUACUGAUAACGAGGAAAAAGGGGACCGAGUACCAAGUGCUAUGUCGGGAAGAUCUGAUAUUUCUACCAAAACCAGUAUCUCUGCAAAAUCCAAAGCAUCAAAAGUUGCAGAAAUACAUGCAGAAGAGCCUGAUGCAAAAGACCAAGAAGAAGAGAGAUAUAAUGAUGAAGAGCCUGAUGAUGAAGAAAGUGAAGUGAAAGCACCAAGUGUUACUAAAUCCAGAAAUUCAGUAAGAUCCAAUAAGUCAAAGCAUACAGAGGAAGAAGAGGUUCAGAGUCUAGGUAGACCUCCAAGUGCCAUUUCAAUAAUGUCUGAAGCCAUACCUGAUGAAAAUGAGAUCUCAAAUGAGGGAGAAAUUCAAGAAAGGGCUCCAAGUGCAGUGUCUGCAAAAUCAAAAUCUUCUGUAAGAUCCAGAACAUCGAAAAUUUCAGAAAGAGAUGAACCAGAUAAGAGGGCACCAAGUUCGAGGUCAUUGAAAUCUGAUGUCUCUGGAAGAUCUGGUCUAGAAUACCCUGUCAAUGAAGAUAUACAAAAGGAAGCGAGAACAGAAAGCGCUUUGUCCUCUAUUUCUAAUCUUUCUGCAAGAUCAAACAAGUCAGAAGAUUCUGAGCUAAUUCAAAAUGUACAGCAGAGAGCACCAAGUGCAGCAUCAGCUACAUCUGCAAGAUCUAAGAGGUCAAAUAUUUCAGGAGUUGCUCCUAAAGAAACUGGUAACACAGAUUUAGGAGAUGUUCGAUCAUCAAGUGCAAUGUCUGCAAAAUCUUGUGCAUCUGAGAAAUCAAAUAAUUCAGAAAGAACAGCUAAAGAUGAAGAAGCAAAUAAAGUGGUAGAAAGGACAACAAGCUCUUUGUCAGUAAAGUCAACUCCAUCUACAACUGCCACUGUUAAAUCAAGUGUUGUGCCUACCAAAUCAAAUGCUUCUGCAAAGUCCCUCCUCUCAGAAGCUGAAGAGCCUGACGGAAGAUCGACAAGUGUGGUGUCUAAUGCAUCUGCAGAAUCUGAAGUGUCUAAAGCAGGUGUGGAUAAAAAAGCAAACAGAUCACCAAGCAAAUUGUCAGUUAAGUCAAACGUAUCUACAAGAUCCAGGAAGUCUAAGGUUUCUGAGGGUCAGGUUGAUGCAGCCACAAACAUUGUAGAUAUGGAACUGAACAGAGGUGAGAGUCCUGUGUCUGAUCGAUCAAAAGUAUCUCAAGGGGAGAACUCAAAUAAAUAUUCUUGUGGUGCAAUAAACAAGUCAUCAAGUCUAAUGGCAUCAUCUGAAAAAGACUCUGAACAUGAAGAAUUACCUGCAAGUCCUCUCUCUAAAAAGUCAGCAAAGUCCAAAAUCAGCUCAAUUUGUUCCGCCUCUGAAAGAGUUUUAACACCAACAAGCACCUCAGUAUCUAUUGGGAUAGUUGAAGACCAUGAAGCUGAUGAUGUUGAGGAAAUAGAUGAAGGCGCUGUUUCAAUGAACUCAAGAGCAUCUGCUUCAUCGAAGACUGAAAUAUGUGGUAGAUCUGACCAGUGUUUUUCAAAAUCUCCAGUACAAAUAACAACUGAAACAACACAGACCCCAGAGGAAAGACCUAAAAGUUUUGCAUCAUCUAAGUCAAAUGUCUCUAGUAAAUCUAAGUCCAAAUGCUCUCAUUGCAGCUCUACAUUUCCUAGAGACACAAUCCAGGACAGAGAUGAUGUUGCAAGCAAUAAAUCCUCAAAAACAAAGCAUUUAAAUAUUGCAUCUGAUAGUCAACCAUCUGCCACUGGUUCAGUAAGGCAGAGCUCUCCAAAUGAAGAGAUACGUCCAUCUAGCAAAGCUUCUGGUACAUCUGUACACACUGAAAACACAGGUCAAGAGAAAACUGAAAGUCCAGAUAUUACCCAUAAAUCUCAAAGUGUCUGUUCAAAAUGCAGUUCUACAAAACAGAAAAUACAAAUUUCAAGUGCCUCACCAAUCUCAGACUCUGAGAAAUCUAAAACCAAUGAGGGAGAUACUGCAGAAAUGACUGACAGACCAAAGAGUAAUUUAUCCAGUUCAUCAUCUCAUUUGAAAGUAAAUAGUCAAAAGAAUGAUCUUAAAACUACACCCAGGUGUCAUUCUGCGGCUUUAUCUGUUACCUCAGGAAACCAACUCAGUCCUAUCCCACCAAAAUCUCCCAAAAAAUCCAAAAAACCUGUUAUUUUACUUGCCGGCUCCAAUGAUAGCAUGUUAUCACAGACCGUUCCUGCUCCAGACCCAAGAGAAGAACAUACUUACCAUUUGAAUACAGCAUCAGAAAAAGCUCAAUCAUGUAAAUCUGAUACAAAUGUCAGUGACAUUAAGAGUGAAAAAAGUAGCAAAUGUAGGAAAAGGAUUGGUAGUGACUCUUCUUGCCACAAGAUGAAUGAAGACAUAUCUGAGCUGAGUCCUUCCUGCCUGCCAAAUGCCUCUCCAACUGAGGUGGUAAAUGAAUGGCUGAGGAAAAUCCCAUCAGACACUGCCUUGUGUGAUUUAGGUGAUGAAUUCCAUGACAACUUUGAUUCAAUAGAGCCACACUGCACAUCACAUGUGCCUUCUGGAAAAGAAAAUGAGCAGGAAACAUUGCGACAUGAUGUGACCAAGCUUGAAACACAACAUGAGAUGGAAGAUGCUCAUGUGAUGAAGGCAGAGGGAGCUAUUGACAAAAAAUCUCCUGAAGUUGCUGAGGGUGAUCACUCUCAGAGGGGGGAUGAACCGAAGAUGUUUAAUUCCUCAGUUCUGGUGAUGAAAGUCUUGCUAAGCCCCAAACUCGACAGAUGCAACAGCUUACCAGAGGUGUCUUCUGUAUAUGGACGUAAGCUCAGUACAUCAGCGCAAGGUCUUCUGGAUUGUUUGGCAAAUCUUCAGUUGUUAGACUUUGGUUCUAGUGAUGAAGAUGGUAACAAAGAAAAAUACCAGGAGCUCAUGAGCAUGCUUAAGUCUCUUUGGCUUUGUGACCCAAAAGACAGCGAGAAGAUAUCUGAGGAAAGAAAUAAGCAUCAUGACAAGGAACUCAAAGCCAGGUCAUCCUCAGGGGUAGAUGUUAACAGUGGCUCAACAGGUUCUGGGAAAAGUAGUGUCAAUGAUGGCACCCAAGUCCAAAUCAAUACAGAAUGUGAAGGCCUGGAUACCCUGACAAAGGUACAGGAAGUCGAUGAAACAGUGGAAGAGGAAGCUUCAGAAACACCAGUAUCAAAAUAUGAUUCAGCCACUCCAGAUAUAGCCAGUCAAGAUCAGUGGACCCCAGAGACAAAGGACACUGUUGAAGAGAAGCUAAAAGAUGAUGUCCAAGGCUCUGACGAGACUAUCAGGAAUAAUGAUAGUCCAAGGGAACUCAUUGAAACAUCUCUUUCAAACAAGAGUUCUGGGAAUAAUAAGGAAACUGAAUCAGACCGUCAAGAGGACACAAGUUCAAGCAGUGCACCAACACAACAAAAAGGUCAACUAUCAAAAAGGCUUUCUCAAGACCCUGAUCCUAUAUGGGUUCUGAAUUUAUUGAACAAAUUAGAAAAGCAAUUUAUGACACAUUAUGUUGAUGCAAUGGCUGAGUUCAAAGUCCGAUGGAAUCUGGAUGACAAUGAGCAGCUUGACUCCAUGAUAAGUGAAUUGAAAGAAGAAGUCCGCAAACGGAUACAAUCGAGUAUAGACAGGGAACUAAGGAAAAUUCAAGGCAGAGCUGGAAAACCAAGACCACCAAAAGAGACAAUGUCACGUGAAUCUACCGUUCAAACAGAGCAAAGGCGGAGACGCCUGAAAGUGAUGCGCAACCAAUCAAUUGAUCCACAACCUGCUAAAAGUGAUGAUGAUUACACAAUGACAGGGACUGAUUUCAGUGAUCAACGUAGCGAUGAUGAAUAUUGUCCUUGUGACACAUGCUUGAAAAAGAAAAUGGCAUCCAAACAUGUGUUACCUGUGGAAAUGCUGAAUACCGCCCCUGUGAUGAUGGACUUUGAUUUGAGAAAGAUUCUCCAGAUGAAGAAAUCAUCUCCCACCAAUGAAAACAUCAGGGAGAUUGCCAGUGAAUCUAUACCCAGUAAGAUGGAGGGAGAAAAUGUGGGGCUUGAGGCUGUCAAAGAGGAGGAUGAGAAAGAGGGGGGGAAACUAGAAAGUGAGGAGGGUGAUGAGGAAGACAAUGCCUCCAGCACUUACGUAGAAGAUGGUUCUGUGAAACAAUCAAAUAUAUCCAAACAUUUAAGGAAAGAUGUGGAUGAAUUUGGGGAAGUGUCUGAUGACACAUUGACAGCACAACAUAAGGAAGCAGAACAAGAUGAAGAUGAAGAGGAGAAUGAUGAGACUGAUUCUGAUUUAAUGACUGUUAAAGAAAGUGCAAGCAGUUCUAAGAUUAAUGAUGAAUUAGAUAAAGAUGAAUGUGAAUUUGAUGAUAUAAUGCAGGCUGAAACAAAAAAGGAAGAAGCAACUGAAGAAUACACUGAGGAAGAAUCAGAAGAGCAGGACGAAACAGCUUAUGAUGAAACUGCAGAAGAAGGGCAAACUGCGAAAAGAGAAUCUGUUGAGGAGGGUGAGACCACUGGUGAAGAGACUGUAGAGAACGGGCAGACUGCUGAAGCACUAGCAGCUGAUGAGGAUGACAUAGCUGGUAAUGAAACUGUAGAAGAAGGUGAGACAGCUGAGGAUGAAACAGUAGAAGAGGGCAAAACAGCUGAAGAUGAAACUUUAGAAGAUGGACAAACUCCAGAAGCAGAAACUGCUAGAGAAGAUAAAAUAUCUGAAGAUGAAACUGGAGAAGAAGGUGAGACAGUUAAUGAUGACACUGCAGAAGAGGAUGAGACUGCUGAAAAUGAAACUGCAGAAGAUGGACAAACUGCAGAAGUUGAAACUGGAGAAGAAGGUGAGACAGUUAAUGACGACACUGCAGAAGAGGAUGAGAAUGCUGAAAAUGAAACUGCUGAAGAUGGACAAACUGCAGAAGUUGAAACUGGAGAAGAAGGUGAGACAGUUAAUGACGACACUGCAGAAGAGGAUGAGACUGCUGAAAAUGAAACUGCAGAAGAUGGACAAACUGCAGAAGAUGAAACUGCAGAAGAGGAUAAGACUGCUGAAGAUGAAACUGCAGAAGAGGAUGAGACUGCUGAAAAUGAAACUGCAGAAGAUGGACAAACUGCAGAAGUUGAAACUGGAGAAGAAGGUGAGACAGUUAAUGACGACACUGCAGAAGAGGAUGAGACUGCUGAAAAUGAAACUGCAGAAGAUGGACAAACUGCAGAAGAUGAAACUGCAGAAGAGGAUAAGACUGCUGAAGAUGAAACUGCAGAAGAGGAUGAGACUGCUGAAAAUGAAACUGCAGAAGAUGGACAAACUGCAGAAGUUGAAACUGGAGAAGAAGGUGAGACAGUUAAUGACGACACUGCAGAAGAGGAUGAGACUGCUGAAGAUGAAACUGCAGAAGAUGGACAAACUGCAGAAGAUGAAACUGCAGAAGAGGAUAAGACUGCUGAAAACGAAACUGCAGAAGAUGAAACUGCAGAAGAGGAUAAGACUGCUGAAAACGAAUCUGAAGAAGAUGGACAAACUGCAGAAGUUGAAAUUGGAGAAGAAGGUGAGACAGCUUAAUGAUGACACUGCAGAAGAGGAUGAGGUGGUUGAAAACGAAACUGCAGAAGAUGGACAAACUGCUGAAGAUGAAACUGGAGAAGAAGGUGAAACAGUUAAUGAUGACACUGUAGAAGAACAUGAGAUGGCUGAAAACGAA